CACUGAGUUGAAGUUUUCUUUUUCUUUUAGUUUUGUCCGUGUUGUAAUGCUGACGUUUUACUCGAUUGAUAUUUCUAUUUAUAUUUCGAGGUCUAUUUUCGAUACAACUUAUUGAAUUUUUAUUAUAAAUACAUAUCAUUAUUAACUGUAGUAUUGUUAAUUAUUACAUAAGUGCACUGAAAUUCAGUGUUACCGAAAAAAUAGAUAAAAUGAAGUUAUUGUCGAGUAUUAAUGAAGUUCCUGUUUUAACAAAAUCUAAUGUUCACAUAAAAAAUGAAGAGGGUUUAUUACAAAAAUUAAACAGAAUAAUAUCGCAAGGUCAUGAAAAAUUACAAAUAGUGACCGAUUUUGAUCACACUUUAACAAGGCACAUUAAAGAUGAUGGCACACCUGUUUUGACUAGUUUUGGAAUGCUCUCAGCUUGUCCAUCAGUCCCCCAACACUACAAAGAUGAGGAUUUGAGACUGUCGGAUAUUUACAAACCUAUUGAAUCCAAUGGAUUUAUAAGUGUUGAAGAGAAGACCAAACAUAUGGUUGAUUGGUAUGUGGCUGGCAAUAGUCUAUUGAAGGGUAUGACUUUUCCAAGGAAUGAAUUAAUACAAGUGGCUGAAGGACUAAAGGAUUGUUUUAGGAGUGGGGUUGAAUGUUUAAUCGACUGGAGUGACAGUAAUGAAGUUCCGGUAUUGAUAUUCUCUGCUGGACUCGGAGAUUGUGUGGAAGCUGCUCUGAAAAUUAACAAAUUGUUACGUUCUAAUGUUAAGAUCGUAGCUAAUUUCCUGGCAAUGGAUGAGAGCGACGAAAUAGUUGGCAUGCAAGGUGAAAUUAUACAUACAUUGAAUAAAAACGAAACUGCUAUCAAGAAUACAGAGUACUAUACAAUGGUUAGAAACAGAAGUAAUGUGAUCUUGAUGGGUGAUAACAUUGGCGAUGCCGGUAUGGCGGAAGGCAUGGAACACUGUGAUGUUGUUGUAAAAAUAGGAUACCUUAGUCGUAAUGUUGAGGAGAAUCUACAAAACUAUAGAGAUAAAUUCGACAUUGUGCUAGUCAACGAACACACUAUGGAUGUUGCAAAUACUUUAGUUUGUUUGCUGCAGUGACUUAUUUAUUAUAAUAUUAAAAUUCGGUCUAUUGAUGCGUCAAUCCUAUACAACGAGGAAGUUGCUUUGAAGAUAUUGAACGGGUUAUGUUGUGAAAGUAUUAACAUAUUAUUUUAUUUUAUUAUUAAUGUUAUGAUGAUAUUAUUUGUUUAACGUUACUUUUUAUUAUUAUUAAAUGUUAUGAAAUAAG